GCAGCCAAGAGCAACAGAUCUUAGAAUCGUACGUAACACAUUGCAUCCAUUACUACACAGGACAAGACUGGGUCUCGUUCUUAGCAUCACGCGACAGUUUACUACCCUUUUUCUGCCACGUCCUUUACUUCUUAUUUUUCCCUUCCUCGUACACACAUUGGCGACGGCCAUCAAUUGGCGCAUCAACAGUCGAACGAACGAAGAGGGGAAAGACGGCCGAAGCCGGCACUGCCGAAUCACCCGAUUGAUCCGAUCACUAUUAUCGGAAGAGUUGCGGUACCCUCCGCAGGCUGCGAACGAGCACGUUGAAACGGAACACAAGCACAACGCGAUUGUCCUCCGACGUACCUGAACGCCACUCCGACUAUUUUGCGCCGGCGCUUAGCUCUCGUGCCACCAUCACACCGAUCUUACCCGCGAUAGUCUCUGCCUGGAUGCUUACCAGGCCGAGGGAUGCCUGCGUACUCAACGUUUACUGAUGGAAUCGGCCCGGGACAUAGUGCCGACAAUAUGGCGAGGAUGCGACACAGGGGCUUGAAGCCCGGCGGAGGCCAGGCCUCAAUGUCAAGCAGCGUAAUAAACCUGCUGAACACGAUUGUUGGAGCGGGGACCCUCGCCAUGCCUUCGGCCCUUUCGCACAUGGGCAUCACACUCGGCACCGCCGUCAUAAUCUGGUCCGGUUUGGCCUCUGCUUUUGGGCUAUACCUUCAGUCCAGAUGCGCGCGCUACAUCGACCGCGGCCACUCUUCCUUCUUUGCGCUCUCACAGUUGACAUACCCGAACGCGGCCGUCUUCUUCGAUGCCGCCAUUGCGAUCAAAUGCUUCGGCGUGGGCGUCUCAUACCUUAUCAUCAUUGGUGAUUUGAUGCCCGGUGUGGCGCGGGGUCUUGUUUCUGAUACUGGCUAUGGUGACGGGGCCGAUGUGCUUCCACCGUAUAUGCUGGAUCGAAAUUUCUGGAUCACGGCGUUCAUGCUGGUCAUCAUACCUUUAGGAUUCUUGAGGAGGCUGGACUCGCUCAAGUACACAAGCAUCAUUGCGCUUGUGUCUAUUGGAUACCUCAUAAUCCUCGUUGUGUAUCACUUUGCUGCCGAGUCGCAUCCGAACCGGGGUGAAGUUCACUAUGUUACCUGGGAGGGGCCUGUUGCUGUGCUGGGCGCUUUCCCUGUAGUGGUGUUUGCGUAUACAUGUCAUCAAAACAUGUUUUCCAUCCUGAACGAGAUCAAGGAUGGCUCCCCUGGUAGCGUAGUUGGAGUCAUUGGCACUAGUAUUGGAUCGGCAGCUAGUAUCUAUAUCCUCGUAGCCAUUACCGGCUAUUUAACAUUUGGCAACCAGGUCGUUGGAAAUAUCAUCUCGAUGUAUCCCGCAAGCAUCGCCUCGACCAUUGGAAAGGCCGCCAUUGUUAUUUUGGUCAUGUUUAGCGUGCCCUUACAAAUCCACCCCUGUCGCGCAUCGCUCGACGCCGUGCUCAAGUGGCGCCCCAACCGCAACAACAGCCCUGGUGGCGCACACGCCGACUCGGCGCUUAUCCCGACGGCUUCAGUUGCCAACGACUCACACGGCUCCCCAACGACGCCCAUGUCGGAUCUCCGUUUUGCAGUCUUGUCCACAAUCAUCAUUGUCUGCAGCUACGCCACGGCCCUCACGGUCUCCAGCUUGGACAGGGUACUCGCGUACGUGGGCUCGACGGGCUCGACGGCCAUCUCCUUUAUUCUGCCCGGACUGUUUUACUACAAGAUUAGCGACCCGGAUAGCAUUCAUCACCAACGCCUGACCAAGGACGAGGAUGACGCCGAUGACGACGACGUGAAUGCGUCAACUGACGAAGAAAAUGGCAACCUGGACCCGGCCGGUGCGGGUCUCCUCGAGAGCGUCGCCAGCCUCCGGUCCGGCGUGAGCGCCGCAUCGAGGCCGCGCGGGACUAGGUGGCGGCGCAGGCUGCGUUGGGACCUGGAGCACAUUGAGCAUGGCCUGUUGCGCAAGAUGGCGCUGGGCCUGGCCAUCUAUGGCAUGUGCGUGAUGACAGUCUGCUUGAUCAUGAAUACGUUUUUUGUUCAUACAAAGGAGUGAGUGAUUGGCAACGGUGCAAGGGUUCCAGGGCGGGUUGUUUGUCAAGGAUAGAGAGGAAAGAGCAACCUCUCAGGCCUGGGAUGUUUGGUAGCGUACAUCUAUAUCUCUUUCCAUUUGUUAUAUAAAAAUCUGGCAAAGAAUUAUUGCUCUUUCUUUUUUUUGGCUUAAUAGCAUUUUGGAGCGGAAGAAACCCUAAUGUAUACUAAGGGUUGUUUGAUUUCUCUGGGGGUUUUUUAUGUUUAAGGAGGCAGCGGAUCGGACAUGCGACACACGAAGAUACAAGUAUAGAAUGUUUGGUCAUAACCUCAAUGGCAGCUACUAUAUCUCGAU